GCUCACUGCACUCCGAUUCACAGUCCCAACAAAAGCUAACUCACCACCUAUGCCAUACUGGUUUUCAAUCAAUAUCAGCAGAAUCUGGAUACAUUCUAUAUCAGUGUGAAACCAGUGACAGCAUACGCAUGAUACAGGUGAAGACAGAGCACAUGGACAUUUGUGUUUUAAAGAUAGAAAAGCUGCAACUACGUACUAUCUAAAAUGGCGAAGAAGAUGAACGGAGUGCAGGAUGUUGAUAUAUUCAAAGCAGAACGGGAGGGAAAAUUGAGAGAAGUUGGUAACCAAGCGGUAUGGUCUUUGUCAUCGUGCAAACCAGGAUUUGGAGUAGAUCAGCUUAGGGAUGAAUCCUACGAGACCUUUUGGCAGUCAGAUGGACCUCAGCCACACCUUGUGAACAUCCAAUUCAAGAAGAAAACAACAAUACAAGAUAUCUGUCUGUAUGCGGAUUAUAAGGCAGAUGAAAGCUACACUCCUAACAGAAUAUCCAUCCGAGCUGGCAACCACUUCAACGACCUGACGGAGGUGGAGCAGGUGGAGAUGAGUGAGCCGGUGGGCUGGGUGUGUGUCCCACUCAAAGACGUCAAUGACAAACCCAUCCGGACGUUCAUGAUCCAGGUCACUGUCCUGUCCAAUCACCAAAAUGGUCGAGAUACACACAUACGGCGGAUAAAGAUCCGUUCUCCCACCCACUGUUCAGACAACGCCAUGGUGAGGGCACCCAACUUCACCACGUUAGAGUUCACUCAGUUUGCACACACGAGAUAGUGAUGACUGAUUUGUCCUCGAGUUAGUUCAAUCCAUGUGAUACAAGGUUGUCAGGGUUAUGCGGAACAGUGCCAGCCUACCCAAUAACCCAAGACAGAACUCUCAGCAGCCCUGGUACCUUUAUCUGGAAACUCACUAUUACUGAUGGGAAGAAGUCAGUUCAGGGCCAGCUGCACUACCAGGUCAUGACUUCAGGUACACUCACUGCUGGUGUGGUGAGUUCCAUCUUUCUGAGGCAAGGGAGUUACCUGACUGUAAAAGUCCAGUUUCCACCCUUGCCAAACUAGACUGGAAUUCAGGAGUUAUAUUUUGGCUGGACUAUAUGGAGUCUAUGUACAUGUAUAUGCUAAUCAAAAUCAUGCAACAAACUAGACAUCCGGUUCAUGAACAACAUGGAAUUCAACGUGCAGAUAUCAAUCAACUGCAGGAUUUGCAUGUGUACCGUCAACUUGGCAUCAACAGAUAUUUUACAAAUCUUUUCAUGUUUUUAACCUAGGUGCUCAAAUGAUUUGAUGCACUUUGCGAGGUAAGACCUGUUUUACUAUAAUAUUUAUCUUGAUUAUAGAUCAGAUUAUCUUAACUGGGCGCCACCAUUUUGUUUGCAGCAAAUGCAUGUGAUAUGAGAGGUGGAAUCUGACACAACUGGUAAUAGCCACUGGUGGCGCUACAAUCAAGCCACAAACUUCCAGCCUAGUUCGUCAGGGGUCGAAAAUAGACUUUUAAAGUCAGUUAACUCCCAUGCCUCGGGAAGAUGGGUCAAUUCUAGAGCUGUCAAUUCUGGUGUGGUCAGCUCUUGAGGCCAGGUUCUAAUAGAACAUGGAUAUCAUGGACCACAUUAUGACGUAACUGUAUAUUAGCAUCAGUUUGACAAUGCAGAACAAACAACAUCACCAACAAAAAGUAAAGAAUGAGAUGAACUGCAUGUCAAACUUCUUGAUUGAAGCACUUUGUAUUCUGGCAUGGAAGUCAGUAUGUAACUCUUCUUUGACAUUGCUAACAAUUGUUAGCUGCAGAAAGGAUUGUGGGAAUGUCUAUG